CCAAACCCCAAAGCAACCCGCAAAGCCCCACGCAGCUCGUGUCAGGACCAGUGUCACGGAUGCUCUGCGGGGUGCGAAGCCACCGUGACCAAGUGAGUAGGCGCUGGAUCAGCAACCAACGCCAGCCUGACAAAAAUGCACCCUCUGUGGACAAUGGCCCAGCCUUCCUGCUCGCCUCGCUCCUCUUCUUCCUCGCCGACCGAAAGAAAGUUUCCAGCCCCCCCCCCCCCCCCCGCCGCCGCCACUUCUCGCCUCUUCUCCCCCCCCCCCCAACCCGGCGCAGGCUCCUGCGCAAAUCCCGGCACGGGGCAGCCGGGCCGCGCUCAGCCCCGCCGGGACCGGGGACAGGGCCGACCCCCACGCGGGAGCCCGGGGAGGGGGACACACACACACACAAAUCGCCCCCCAGCCGGGGGCCCCGCUUCCCCCAGCCGCCCUGCCGGCGGGACGGGCGAUUUCUGCCCUGCCGGCGGGGGCUGCCCCCCGUCGCAUUGGGAUGCAAGGGUUUGGGGGGGGGGGGGAGUGAUGCGGGAGGGGGGAAAGGGGGGGCCGGCAGGACGGCCCUGGGCCGCCCCCAGCCCCGUCUCCGUGCGCGGGGCGGCCCUGCGGGGCUGGGGCCGGAGCUGUGCCGCCCGCAGCCCCGGCGGAGCUCAGCCCCCGGCCGGCUCCCGGCGCCCGGGCUCGCCUCUUCGGUGGCGAAAAAUCGCGUCCCCCGCCGGGAAGGGCUUCUGCUUUGCACCGGGAGUGACGGAGCGGGGCAGGGGCGGCCGAGAGCCCCCUGAGAAGGCGCUUCGGGAGAGGAGCGGGAGCUGUGCCCAAAAGUGCGCCGAAAGCUGGAAGGGGGGAGGGGGCAGGACCGUGUCCCCCGGCGAAGCAGGGACACGAUUUAUCCGAGCUCUUCCCGGGGUGUCUGCUUGUCUCCAUCAGACGUGACCACUGAACGAAACAAACAAAAAAGCAACUGUUAGAUUUGUCAGAGAACGCUGGGCACUUCGGCACUUCUCUCUCUCUUCCUUUUUUUAACCCCCUUGCUUGCUUGCUUGCUUUUUUUUUUUUUUUUUUUUUAAAUCUGUUGCUGUGUUUCGUCCUGCCUGCCCAAUUCUCCGGCCAGCGCAGGCUUUGGAAAGUCCUGGCUGAAAGCGGUUUCCCGUGCCGGCGAGGCUGGCUCGCCUGCCCUCUCCUACCAAUUCACCUGCUUUCCGCGCCAGAAGAAACGCCCUUCCAGCUCCAUCGCGGGGCGGUCAUUUCCCAGCCAGGCUUUUGAACACUAAAUUGCAAACUCCGCAGCACCAAUCGCAUCUGGGUCUGUCUCCAAGAAUUCAAUAAACAAGCUGUAUUAACUCCAA